UCAGCUGUCAAUAUUCGCUUCACUGAUUUGUUUUUCUGCAGUUUUUAAUUUUUAUUUUUUAGCGAAUGGUUUGUGGGUGAUAAGAAUUCCACAUUUUUAUUCAACAAAACCAACUUUUGAUGAUUCGCUUACAGUAGUUGUAGUCUUUCUUUUUCCUGACAAAUCGACUGAUUUCCAGUUGAUGGAUUAUCAAUACGCACCAGUACCGACAAUGAUGUCCAGUGGGGAUAUGCACAACCGCUGCUGGGGCGGCAGGGCUUGGUGUGUAAAGGACAUUUGUGGUAUAGUUUGUGCUGUCUUGACCUGGAUGCUAAUUCUCUUUGCCGAAUUCGUUGUGAUGAGGGUUAUUCUGCUUCCAAGCCCGAAUGUGAUAUUUAGAACAAUUAAUAUAAUCAUAUUCCAGUCGUUUGCAUUCCUUGCAUUUGCAUCACAUGUUCGGACAAUGCUAUCAGAUCCUGGAGCAGUUCCACGAGGAAAUGCCACCAAAGAGAUGAUCCUCCAGAUGGGCUACAGGGAGGGUCAAAUGCUCUUCAAGUGUCCCAAGUGCUGUAGCAUCAAACCUGACCGGGCACAUCACUGUUCUGUGUGCCAACGUUGUAUACGCAAAAUGGACCACCACUGUCCGUGGGUGAACAACUGUGUUGGAGAGAACAAUCAAAAGUACUUUGUUUUGUUUACACUCUACAUUGCUCUCAUCUCGGUUCAUUCCAUGAUUCUGGUUGUGAACCAAUUCGCCGAGUGUGUGAAGAGCGAAUGGCGCCAAUGCUCGCCCUACUCCCCUCCAGCUACAGUUUUUCUCUUGCUCUUCCUUACAUUCGAAGCACUACUCUUUGCCGUCUUCACAGUCAUAAUGUUGGUCACACAGCUAUCGGCAAUUUUCAAUGAUCAAACUGGAAUUGAACAACUUAAAAAAGAAGAAGCACGCUGGGCGAAAAAGUCUCGCUUAAAAAGUAUCCAAUCGGUUUUUGGACGAUUCUCUUUGGCUUGGUUUUCUCCAUUUACUCAGCCCUCGUGCAAGGCAAAAUUUGAUUCGCAUUUUUAUUCAGUUUGAAGAACUCAAAACAUAGAAACAAUAAUAAUUCUGAGUUAGAUUAGUUAUUUAAACAUUCAUAUAAAUGUUGUAUCAAGGGAACUUAAACAAAUUUACAGGUUAAUGUUGAGAUUUUUAAACUUUCCUCCUACCUAUUGAGUCUUUUUCUAUCUCUCUCUCUUCUUUCUCUCUCAAGUUGUGUAAUGUUAAUGUAAUAUAUUUUUUGUAUUAUUUUAUUUUUAAAAUUUUAAAUUUUUCAACAAAAACAAAAAGACUUAAACUUAAAUAAAUAUAAAAUAAUAAUUUUAAAAAAAUCCGUACAAAGUGCAGCGCAUACUGUUCGAUCAAUAAAUGUGGAAUUGAACAUUGAACAAAAUAAUAAUUAAAUUAUAAGAACAAAACUUAAUGGUGAAGAACAAAACUUAAUAAAUAAGUGAAAUUAUUGAUGUAUAAAUUA